AUGAUGACCGUGGGCGCUUUCUCGGAAUGGCGCAAGCUACCCAUUAGCUUGAGCGAAUUAUGCAUCAAUACCACCCUGCGCUGCGGGCAGUCAUUUCGAUGGCAUAAACUCCCGGAUAAUGAUGAAUGGCGCUGUGUCCUUUACGGUCGUCUUCUUUCCCUGAAACAAGACCCGACUCAUCUCUACUACAGGACCUACUCAGCCGCAUCCGCAACCAACGGGGCCGACGAGACCGAAGACACAACCCUGGCUAUUAUCAAGCACUACUUCAACCUCACCUCGAACCUGACAACGCUCUACGCCCAAUGGUCCUCCUCGGAUCCGAAUUUCCGUAAAAAAGCACCCCAGUUUACAGGUAUUCGCAUCCUACGCCAAGACGCCUGGGAAGCGCUUGUCUCGUUCAUUUGCAGUAGCAAUAAUAACAUUGCGCGGAUAUCGCAAAUGGUCGAGAAGCUGUGUGUGAACUAUGGAGUCCAUGUCGCUGAUAUUGAUGGCCGGGCGUAUCAUGACUUCCCGUCUCCGGAGCGGUUGGCGGACGGCGGAGAGGUUGAGGCUCGGUUGAGAAGUUUGGGGUUCGGGUAUCGGGCAAAGUAUAUUUACCAGACGUCUCUUAUUGUUGCAAAGCAGAGGGAUGAGGGGUGGUUGAAUACUUUGAGGAACCCGGAGGCUCCUGCUUUCGGUGUUGAGUUCAAGGCUGUCUCAGAGGGGGACGACGAAAUAGCACCUGAGGGAAGAAGUGGAUAUCGCGAGGCGCACGAAAAGCUUCUCGAGCUGCAGGGUGUUGGGCCCAAAGUCUCGGACUGUGUUUGCCUAAUGGGACUGGGCUGGGGAGAGUCUGUCCCCGUUGACACUCAUGUCUGGCAAAUUGCUCAAAGGGACUAUAAGUUCGGCAAAGGGGGCAAUAAGUCCCUUACCAAGGCUACGUAUGACGCCGUGGGAAACCAUUUUCGGAAGCUCUGGGGUAAGGAAGCUGGGUGGGCUCAUAGCGUGCUGUUCACUGCGGACCUGAGGACUUUUUCGGACCGACUCGUUGCAACGACUAAGAAAACAGAGGUCAAAGUCGACGUGAAGGUGAAGGAAGAGGGAGAGGAGGAUGGAACGAAAGUCACCGCGGCUACGGUGGUGAAGAAAAUCGCCUUGAAACGGACAACAGAUGAAGGCGAGAUCAAGCUUGAACUAGAUGAUGAGAAAGAUCUCACAAAAACGCGGAGGAUGUCAAAGCGUCUUCGGAGCAGAUGA